CGCGAAAGAAACGAGAAAACCAGUGAAGAAACAGCGAGGCAUCCGCAGAAACACGCGUCUCUACGCGCGCACGCCCGCCGUGCUUUACUCUCCAUCUCGAUUGUCCUACUUGGUAAACAGGACAAAACUGGAAGAGCAAGGCUGGGUUCUGGACACGGUGGCGCGGAAAAGAGGUGGCCGAUCCGCUCGAUUUUUUGCCGUCGUCACGAAUCCGAGACGAGUGUCGUCGGCUUGGAGACGAAUGGAAGGUGGCAGGAAGCAAACGGGACAGAAGAGGAAACCAAAGCGAACCGGUGCGGCGGCGACGUUAAAAUCGUGAGCAAGCUCGUUAUCGCUACAACAUUGAAUCGCCUCGACCCACUCUUGGUUUCUAGUGCCAAACAAACUGGAAACAAUCCGCCUCCCCCUUCCCUCCCGCCCCUCUACACAUACAGAAGAGCUGGUACGCGUGCUGCCAGUCGUUUAAUCGGAGAAUGGCCAGGCAAGUCCUUGGCAAGGCCGAUCGAGACAUCAUGCAGCCACCUUUUUCCAAUUAGCAGACUUCUGUGUGUCAUCCCUUGUUCAAGGUCUCGAGACUCAUCCAGUCAGGUGAAGUCAUAAUGGCAAAGCGAGAAACGGGUGCUCGGUGGCCACAAUUGAGGUGGCCGCAAACCGUUCUCUCCUGA